UUAAGAUUUCCUCCGUUGAGUCCUUUAACAUCAACAAGGAACAGUUCAAAACAAACCCAGAAUCAAAAGUUCAUGGCUUUCGAUCCCAAAUCCAGUUUUAGUUUCCUUAUCUUCCUCCUCCUUUCUAUACAGCCUCUCAUCUUCUGCCUAACAACCGAUGCCUCACCUCCGCCUACAGUCUGCAUCGUGGGCAGCGGCAUCGGCGGUUCCUCUGUCGCCCACUUCCUUCGCCACUACUUCCACCCCAUUCCUUCCCAACCCAACCCUCCCAACAUCAUCAUCUUCGAGCGUAGGUCCGUCGUCGGUGGUCGCAUGGCCACUGUAUCCAUUGGCGGUGAAACCUGGGCUGGUGCUUUGUUUUCAGAUCCUUUAGUAUCAAGAUUCUGGUUGAAAGGUCAACCGCCGCCUCCUCGCUUCGUCGAGUGUGCACUGCAGAGUACUGUGGACAGCUUCUUGAAGUACUAUGAAAGCCCUGAAACGAGACCUGUCUUUGAAACAGUGGAUGAGAUGCUUAAAUGGGCUGGUUUGUACAAUCUCACAACUCGAACUUUGCAAGAUGAACUCGUUCAUAUCAAGAUAUCUCCCUUAAUGAUAGACGAGCUUGUCACUGUUAUAACUAGAAUCAAUUAUGGUCAAAGUGUCUCCAUUAGCGGACUUGCUGGAGCAGUUUCAUUGGCGGGAUCCGGGGGAGGAUUAUGGGCCAUUGAAGGAGGGAACUAUCAGAUGGCUGCCGGACUAAUUAAGAGCUCCAACGUUUCGUUACACCUUAAUGAAGAAAUUGAAUCCAUUUCUUAUCUUGGAGAAUAUUAUGAACUUAACUCCACUAAAGGAAAUAGUUAUUCGUGUGAUGUCGCAGUGGUUGCUACACCCCUUGACGAAGUAAGUAUCCAAUUGACACCUUCAGUUUCGAUUCCUGCUAGGAAAUUGCAGCAUACACAUGCAACCUUUGUGAGAGGCAUCUUGAAUCCAGCCUAUUUUGGCCUGCGCACUGUCGGUGUGAUUCCAGAACUGGUUGGCACAUUAGAGGAUCCCGACAUUCCGUUCUCAAGCAUUUCAAUUCUCAAGCAACACGAUGAAAAUGAUACAACUUACAAAGUAUUUUCUCGAGAGCCAAUGACAGAUGCAUUACUGGAUACCAUUUUUAGUGCAAGGCUGGAGACGGUUCGAAUAAACUGGGGAGCCUAUCCGCAUUAUGAAGCUCCAGAAGUAUUUGCACCGUUUAUUUUGGACGGUCAACAUUUGUAUUAUGUAAACACGUUCGAGAAUGCGGCUAGUACCAUGGAGACGAGUGCGGUUGCAGCCGAGAACGUAGCGAGGCUCAUAUUGUCAAGAUAUUUUAGUGAAGCACACCCGCAUUCAUCAAACUUGAAGAGCAAAAGUCCCGAUGCACACACAUUACACACCGACUUGUAAACUUAUUAGGCCUUGGUCUCUGAAUAAUGUGAAACAAACUGUAGAAUGUACCAACAGAAAUCAGUGUUUGCGUUGACACCAUGUCCAAGAAUCCUUUGGUAUUUGGAGGCAA